GAUGUAGCGAUAUAUAUAUUUUUUUAAAAAAACAUGAAAGCCUUAUGUUUUAUAUCAACCCACCGUAAAAUGUGACAAAUUCAGUUCGUGUGAUGUCGCAGUUCGUGUAAUGUCUGAAACGUCACAGAGAUAAACGCUAGAUGGAUGUUUUGUGACCUAUUGUUGUUAGCUGCGUUAUUGGGAGCACUUGUCAAGAAGUUCUCCGCUAACGUUAAAAACAAUUUAGCUAUUCGGCUAGUUAGCGUGGUGGCUAACUAGCGUUAUCUUGGGAGUAGGUUCAUUAGCUAAAUAAACGGUCGUUUCGUCAUCCACAUUUUAUUCUAGUUCAACGAUUUGAGACGUAUCACAUUGAACCUUUAAAUACCAUCGAAAUGUCCGCUUAGAUAAGUGCCAUUGAAAUGAAAUGUUAUGGUUCCGUUGACUCUUGUUGGCUAUGUUGCUAACACGGUAGCGGAGGUUGUGGACAUUAGCAGCCACGUUAGCAUGCUAAUAGCUGGCUAGGUGAUGCCAUUUUGUUUUGCUCGACUUCGACCAACAUCUCGCUUUUACUCCGGGUUUGACUCUGACAAGCAACCACUCGACAUGAUAUUAGCACCAAAUCAUAGCAAUUUAGUCAGAUACGUGUUUUCUGAACUGGUUAGAGAAAUCACCUAAGGAUUAAGGCGAAAUGUUGUGGUGAUGUUAGCAUUCACUUUGCUUUGUACGUUAAGCUGUGAAUGUAAACUCAAGGGUUAAUGUUAGGCCUAAAAUAAAUUGUAUGUUUUUUGCCCGCUACUCGUGAAUAUUCCUUUUCAUGAUUUUGUGUGAGUGCAUUGUGGAGACAAGACUCUGUCCAGACGUUUCCAUGAACGGCUAAUGUUAGUGCCCUGACUGACUGGAAUACACAGGGCCAUCACAUUCAGUAGAGUUCAGUGGAAAUAGAUUAAAGUAACUGGAUCUUGGCUGAGAAUAUUCCUCAUCCUCUCUCCUUCUGCAUCGAUGGAGGGGUCUGACGGCUUAGAGCAAGGUGGCAGUGACCAGUCGGAGUCACAGCGCAGAAGGCAGCUGGACCGGCUGGACAGGGAAGAGGCCUUCUAUCAGUUUGUCAACAAUCUCAGUGAUGAGGACUAUCGCCUGAUGAGAGACAACAAUCUUUUGGGAACCCCAGGUGAGAUAACAGAAGACGAGCUGUUGAGUCGACUUCAACAAAUCAAGGAUGGUCCAGAACAACGGAGUAACAGUCCCAGUACUGAGAGUGGAGAAAGUACAGGUGAACCACCAGAAAACAAUGAGGACGCUGCUCAUGGGGACAGUCUCCUGGAUUGGCUGAACACAGUGAGGCGCACAGGCAACACGACUAGAACUGGCCAUCGUGGUAAUCAGUCAUGGCGGGCAGUAAGCCAGACCAACCCCAACAGUGGUGACUUUCGCUUCAGCCUGGAAAUCAAUGUGAACCGUAGCCUGGCUGAACAGCAAGGAGUUGUCGAGGGCGAGCAGGAGUCUCCACAGGCUCCAAGAGUAGUGGCAGAUGCUGAGCCACAGGUCCCUAUGGAGACAGAAGAAGUUGUGGAGGAACCAGUUGUAGAGGAGCUGGCUGUCAUAGUGGAGCCAGAACCUGAAUUAGAAGAAGCUGUUUCACAGGAGGUGCUUGUAGAACCUCCUAGCUCACCCUCCAGUGUGGCUGUCCAAACCCCAGUGUCUCCAGCCCCUCGAAGAGGACAAAGGAGAGCCCGCAGCCGCAGUCCAGAACCACGGAGGACCAGGGCCCGUACAGCCAGGAGCCGAUCCCCCCUCAACUUGGAUCGGCUAGAUGGUCUUCCUAACCUUCGUCAUGCUCAACGCUCUCAUGGCCACUACUCUGCUGCUAACUCUCCCCCUGUCCCCCCAGUGGAGGGCAGUUCCAGGACUCGACAGCAUCCUCUUUCCAGGCAAAGCACUGCUGGCGAUGAAGCCCAACCAUCCAGUGCUGUAGAAGGAUCAGCUCCAGAGGCCCACAACACAGGAUCUCAGGAAGGAGACGCUGCCGGUGGAGAAGAAGGGGCGGCUGGCCGCCGUCCCCCUACCAUUAUGCUUGAUCUCCAGGUGCGCCGUGUGCGUCCUGGAGAAUAUCGACAGAGAGACAGCAUUGCCAAUCGUACACGUUCGCGCUCCCAAAACUCAAACAACACCUUUCUUUAUGAGAGUGAGCGUGGUGGCUUUCGUAGAACCUUCUCACGCUCAGAGCGUGCAGGUGUGAGGACCUAUGUCAGCACCAUCCGCAUCCCUAUCCGGAGGAUCUCUGAUGCAGGCCUGGGGGAGGCAACCUCGAUGGCGCUGCAGUCUAUGAUUCGACAGAUCAUGACAGGUUUUGGUGAGCUCAGCUACCUCAUGGACUCUGACUCUGAUUCCACAGAUUUGAACCGUGGUGCAAACACACCUGCAGAUUUGGCCGAAGCCCUCAACAGCCCAGAUGCUGCUGCUGCUGCUGCUGCUGCUGCUGUGGUUGAUGAGCCAUCUGUGACUGCUGGAGGUAGAGCAAGGACAGUUGAACGGGAUCUGGAGGAUGGUCUUGCUACUGGUCCGGCUGCCUCUGGUGGCAGGGCACGACCUAGACCACCCAUCAGCCUGGAGGAGCCCAGCUCACUGCCCUUCCUCCGGCUCGCCCACUUCUUUCUCCUCAAUGAUGAUGAUGAGGACCAGCCCCAAGGGCUGACCAAAGAGCAAAUUGACAACCUCUCCAUGCGCAAUUUUGGGGAGAGUGAUGCCCUGAAGACCUGCAGUGUCUGUAUAACAGAGUAUGCAGAAGGUAACAAAUUACGGAAGCUGCCAUGCUCACAUGAGUAUCAUGUGCACUGCAUCGACCGCUGGCUGUCUGAAAACUCCACCUGCCCCAUCUGCCGCAGGGCCGUCUUGGUAUCUGCCAGCCGAGAGAGUGUGGUCUAGUGCCAAGAAAUGGGUUGAGCUUACACAGGUGGCUUUGGCACUCAUGGCAGACAGCAGGCCUCUCUAAACUUAACUGUGGUAUCUCAGACCUCAAGUCUAUGAGAAGUGUUUAGGAUAUCCAUCUACAUUAUUCAUGAAGUUCAUUUUCCCUCAUAAAAUUUGUGAAUUUUAUCAUAAUGUAGUUACGGGUUUGCUUUGGGGUGCUCCACACAUUGGCAUUGGCAGAUAUUAAAUUUCUAUUCAGAUGAUGAUUGGCUUACGGUGACAUUGAAGUCCAGUGUUGGAAACAAACAACGCAUGUUGUUUGCACCAACCAUUAAUGAUCACAGUGUUUGUGGCAUUGCACCAAGCACCACCAUUACAAAGAACCCUCUGGUUCCACAUGCUGCACACCUGCGGUUAGUUGAUGCACUUCAUAUCUACUGUUUUGUAUUAGCUUCAGUAUGCGCCUUUAAUAUAAAGUGGGUAUUGGUACUGAUCUAUUUAUUCACAUCAUUUCAAAGUAUUAUCUGUGGUUUAUGUUUUAAUGUCACUGCAAACUACCCAGUUGACACAACUCCUUAACUAAAUAAGCUUGUAAAAAAUUCUAAGACUUUUUUUUUUUUUUUUUAUCAGUAAAUUGCUGUUGAAUUGUAACAGCUGCUAUAUAAAAACAAGGAUUGUGUUGGCCAAAAAACAAACAAACAAAACAAAACCAACAACAUCAACAAGAAAACAAAACACAGUUGGAGCAUCCCAAGGUUUGGAGUUAAACAUGCAGGUGGUAUCUGUACACACUCAGCAGAUUUUUUGGACAUGGUGAUGCCAAAAGGACAUAAGACUGAAAGUGAGCUGCCAUUUUCAGUGUGACUCAUUUGUUCCCUUUAUCGCUCACCUGAAAAACAAGCUAUUUUGGAGUGGCAUGGACUAUGAAAAAUGUCAAAGCUUGCUGAAUUGUUUUAAAUAUAAAAGGUAGAAUGUUGUACAGGCUUAGGGCAACUAAGAUAACUUUUUGGAAUGCUGAAGUUUAUUUUGGAAUUGUAUUACAUCUUUAAUUUCAUGAUCAUUAGAAAGAAUUGAGUUCUGUUGAUAUGUGACAAUAGAGAUGUCCCAACAAUGGCUUUGAAUGAACUGGCAUAUUGAGUUUCCCCACUACUAAAACCCCAUACUAAAAGGCAUGUGUACCAUAUCAAGAUUUAAAAAUUAUGACAUUUUUUCUGCUUUCACACAAAAAGGAUUUUUGUUCUCUUGAAUGUAGAAUGAAUGAUCUCAAACAUUUUGUCCUGUCAUCUGUAAAUCAUUGGUCUAAUACUUUUAAGGAAAUCGAUUGGAUUGAAUUGUUGAUUGAUAAAUUAUGUACUCUCAUGUGGCACUGGCAUUCAGUGAUAUUGGUGUAUCUACCACAAAUGAAAUGCAGAUUUUCUUUCUCUCAAAUCUAGUUAUACAGAUGUCGGAUUAAGGUCCAUCUCAGUGUACCAGUCAUAACUCCCAUUAUUAAUUCAGAGUCUUGAUUCUGAGACAUCUACCAAGUCAGAAAUAAUUGUCUUUGUCCUUGUGUCUCACUAAUUGAGACUGCAGUAGAUGGCCAAGAUACUCACCCACUGUGUCCUCUUACUGUCUCACGAGUUAAUGCUUCAUAUCUGGAAUGUCUGUGUGCAAUACAAAAAAUGGGAACCUAAAAGUAGGGAAUUACAAACCAUGAUAUAAAUGUAUAUAUUAUUAUUAUUAAACUGUUGUAGACUGUUUAAAAUUCUCUUAAAUGAAACUUGCUACCUUUUAAAGUGUGUUGAAGCUUGUUUUCUUUUCAGUUCUGUGGAUUUUUAUAGCACUAAGGGUGAAGAGGAUCACUGACUUAAGGAAGAUGAGGCCAUCAUGCCAUCUCAUCUUAGUUUUACAGUUUCUUACCUUUGCCAUGAUUAUGACUUCCCUUUGUUGAAUAUAAAGAUUUCAAUGUUAGCAGUUGUCAUUCUUGGAUGCCAUAUAACUGUAAAUGAAAUGUAUUUGAUUUUUAGCCAUCUUUUCUAGUUUUGGCUUCAUGACCCGGUGCGUUAUUUUGACUCGGAAUAACUCACUUCAGCUAACUGCUUUUCUGAAUUAAACAGGCUGUUACGCAACAGAACAUAUUUUAGGCAUGAAUUAUAAACUUGAUUUACUUUAUUUUAUUAUGAAGGAAACUUUUGUUCUGCAUACAAAUAGUUUGAGUUUCUCCUACAUUCAAAUAGGCCAAAUCAGAAGCCAAAUUGAUUGUUUAUGAACAUUCAGUUACCAUGCAGUAGGCUAUAAUUUGCUCUCACAGUAUAGAGUGGCCUGAUCUUGUUUCUGGUAAUGUAAAUGAUUGACUGGUUUGGGGA